AUGCAUAUUAAACAGGUGAUUAUUCAAGGGUUUAAGAGUUAUCGUGAACAGAUAGUGGUAGAACCCUUUGAUAAACGACACAAUGUAGUUGUUGGACGUAACGGUUCCGGAAAAAGUAAUUUCUUCCAUGCUAUUCAGUUUGUACUUAGCGAUGAGUUCUCUCAUCUCAGGCCGGAGCAACGUCUGGCGUUACUACAUGAAGGCACAGGACCUCGGGUGAUAUCAGCCUUUGUUGAAAUUAUUUUUGACAAUUCUGAUAAUCGAAUUCCAAUUGAAAAGGAUGAGAUUUUCCUCCGAAGAGUCAUCGGUUCUAAGAAAGAUCAAUUUUUUCUCAAUAAGAAAGUUGUGCCAAGAUCGGAAGUGCUAAAUCUAUUGGAAAGUGCUGGUCUGUCCAAUUCUAAUCCAUAUUACAUUGUGAAACAAGGAAAGAUUAAUCAAAUGGCAGUAGCUCCUGAUUCACAUAGACUGAAAUUGUUACGUGAAGUAGCUGGUACACGAGUUUAUGAUGAGAGGAGAGAGGAGUCUGUUACUAUAUUGAAAGAAACUGUUGGGAAGGUUGAAAAAAUUAACGACUUUCUCCAAACCAUUGAAGAGAGACUAAAGACGCUUGAAGAAGAGAAAGAAGAAUUGAAGGAAUAUCAGAAAUGGGAUCGCGCCCGACGUGUGCUUGAAUUUAUAAUACAUGACACAGAACAUAGAGAAAACAAACGGAAACUAGAAGAUUUAGAGAAAAUGCGUGCUAACAGUGGCAAAGAACAACAACAUUAUGCUGACAUGGUGAGAGAGGCUCAAGAUCAUGUGAGAGAAGCUAAUAGAAAACUAAAAGAAGCCAGAAAAGAUGUGGCAGCAACUCGUGAAGAGAAAGACAUACUUUCAACAGAACAACAACAGUUACUGAGAGAAAAGACGAAGCUUGAGCUCGCUAUCAAAGACUUGACAGACGAUGUUGACGGAGAUAACAAAUCCAAGGAAAGAGCGGAAGCUGAGCUGGAGCGUCUCCGUCAACAGAUAUCGGAGAAAGAACGCGAAUUAGAGGAACUAAAGCCCAAGUACGAGGAAAUGAAGGCGAGGGAGGAAGAAUGUACGCGAGCACUAGCGCUCAACCAACAGAAACGACAGGAACUGUACGCUAAGCAAGGCCGCGGGACACAGUUCACAUCCAAACAAGACAGAGACCGGUGGAUAGAGAAGGAACUCAAAUCAUUGAACAAACAAAUAAAAGACAAAAAGGACCACGAGAACAAACUACGUGAGGAUCUGAGAAGGGAUGCGACAAAGCUGACGGAACUGGAAAAAAGGAUCGAAGAAAUGACAAAGGAAAUGGAAAGACAAAGGGUCGCGAUCGACGAACAUAACAAGCAGUACUACGAGUGUAAGAAGAAAAAGGAUCAGGAACAAAGUACCAGGAACGAAUUAUGGCGCAAGGAGACCACAUUAACUCAGAAUUUAUCAUCAUUAAAAGAAGAUCUAUCUAAAGCCGAUCAAGCACUGCGUUCUAUGGCUGGAAAGCCCAUACUAAACGGCAGAGACAGUGUUAGGAAAGUUCUAGAAACUUUUCAAGAACGUGGCGGUGAGUGGGCCAAGAUAGCCACACAGUACUAUGGCCCGGUUAUAGAAAACUUUAGCUGUGACAAAACUAUAUACACAGCUGUUGAGGUUACAGCCGGCAACAGAUUGUUCCAUCAUAUAGUUGAAUCAGACACCGUUGGUACUAAAAUAUUAAAGGAGAUGAAUCGACAAAGUCUUCCCGGUGAAGUGACCUUCAUGCCUCUCAAUAGAUUACAAGUCAGAGACAUGGUUUACCCUAAUGAUAAUAAUGCCAUAGCCAUGGUUCAGAAAUUGAAGUAUGAUCCGAAGUACGCGAAGGCCAUGAAGUAUAUCUUCGGUAAGACACUUAUAUGCAGGAACUUGGAGUGUGCCACCGAGCUCGGGAAACAGUUUCAUCUUGACUGUGUCACUCUAGAGGGAGAUCAGGUAUCAUCAAAAGGUUCUCUCACUGGUGGUUACUUCAAUCAAUCCCGGUCUCGUCUAGAGAUGCAGAAGACUAGAUCGGAAUUGAUGGAACAAAUAACAUCACUAGACGAAGAGCUGAACACUCUGAGACAAGAACUCAAUAAAACAGAAACAAGCAUUAAUACUAUCGUAUCUGAAAUGCAAAGGACUGAAACAAAACAGGGGAAAGCUAAAGAUAUAUUCGACAAAGUCAAAGCUGAUAUUCGUUUAAUGAAGGAAGAGCUGGCGUCUAUAGAACGAUUCCGUGGACCUAAAGAAAGAUCACUAGCACAGUGUAGAUCCAGUCUGGAAGCUAUGCAAGCAACCAAGGAAGGACUUGAGUCAGAAUUACACCAGGAACUUAUGGAGCAGUUAUCUAUAGCUGAUCAAGGUAAAGUUGAUGAAUUGAACGACGCCAUCAGACGGCUGACACAAGAGAAUAAAGAGGCCUUCAGUCAGAGAAUGAACCUUGAAGCUACCAAGAACAAACUAGAGAACUUGCUCACUAACAACCUUAUACGUCGUAAAGACGAGCUAGUACAAGCGCUUCAAGAGAUCUCAGUGGAAGAUCGUAAACGUCGUUUGGCGACUAGUAAGGCGGAUCUCACGAGCGCUGAGAAAAGAAUCAAACAGAUCAAUAAGGACCUCGAAGAUGUUGAGAGGAAGGUACAAGCAGCGGUCAAGACGGAAAAAGCUCUCAAACUGGAUCUAGACAAAUGGAGGAACAAGGAAAAAGAAGCACAAGACAAAAUGGAAGAAGAUGCCAAAGGUUUGGAAAAGAUGGCGUCUAAAGAAGUGUUACUACAAGAGAAAAUACAAGAAUCAUUGGACAAAAUAGCGGCCCUAGGAACCCUGCCUAACGCUCCCGAACUACAUUCUAAGUACCAGAAACUAUCUUUAAAACAGCUAUUCAAAGAAUUGGAGAAGGCCAACCAACAUUUGAAGAAAUACAACCACGUGAAUAAAAAAGCCUUGGAUCAGUUUAUAAGCUUUUCGGAACAAAAAGAAAAACUUUACAAGAGGAAGGAGGAACUUGAUAUUGGUGGCGAAAAAAUCCGUGAGCUGAUCGAGACGUUGGAACAUAGGAAGUUAGAAGCGAUACAGUUUACGUUCAAACAAGUCAGCAAGAAUUUCACUGAGGUGUUCAAAAAGUUGGUCCCUCAAGGCAGAGGCAGUCUUAUAAUGAGAGUGGCGCCCGACGAGGGGCAAGAUAUACCGGAUCGAGCUAACGCGGACCCGUUCACUGGCGUGGGUAUCAAAGUAUCGUUCACUGGCGGUGAAGGAGACAUGAGGGAGAUGAACCAGUUGUCCGGAGGUCAGAAAUCACUUGUCGCCCUAGCACUCAUCUUUGCCAUACAGAAAUGUGAUCCAGCGCCUUUCUACUUGUUCGACGAAAUUGAUCAGGCUCUAGACGCUCAGCAUCGUAAGGCGAUCGCGAACAUGAUCCACGAGCUGUCAUCCUCGGCUCAGUUCAUAACGACAACGUUCCGUCCGGAGUUGUUGGAACACGCUCACAAGUUCUACGGAGUCAAGUUCAGGAACAAAGUGUCUCACGUGGAGUGCGUGACUAGGGACGAGGCGCGGGACUUCGUGGAGGACAGCGCUACGCACGCGUAG